CUUCUCACCGUCCUAACUCCAACGUUUUCCUGCGUCUCCCUGCAGAUCCCUCAGAUCAGCUAUGCAUCCACCGCCCCGGAGCUGAGCGACGACCGCAGGUACGACUUCUUCUCUCGGGUCGUCCCUCCGGAUAGUUUCCAGGCUCAGGCCAUGGUGGACAUCGUCAAGGCCAUGGGCUGGAACUACGUGUCCACGGUGGCGUCGGAGGGCAGCUACGGGGAGAAGGGGGUGGACGCCUUCAUGCAGCUCUCCAGAGAAGCAGGUAAGACUGCUGCUGGAUUUCCUACACGUCCACACAAGGAUGAUGGAUAUUUAAUAGUUUUUUCUUAA